UUCCAAUUUGGAUUAACAAAUUUUACAUCCCCCUGUUGAAUCUGCCAAAAUCCAGCGAAAUUGGUCUGAACCAAAAUGAUCUCAAACCCUAACAUCAUCAGCGCAUGUAAACUCAUCGUCAUCUUAAUUUCUCUGCAAUCGAUUAUUCCAGUCUUCGCUAUUACGCAGAAUUCAGAAGAACAUAAUCAUGAAAUUCAUUGUUCGAGAGAAAGAAGUAGGACUGCAUACAAAAUUAUCGAGGAGUAUUUGAUUCCGUUUGUCGAACAAGAAAAUUACGAGCUGUCACAUAAGUGUAAGCUUCAUCCUGGCAAUGACAUGUUUAGGGAUCAAGAGGAACACAAGAUUCAUAUGGACGUGAAUGAAUGGCGGUGUGGAUAUUGUAAGAAAAGCUUUCGAGCAGAGAAAUUUCUUGAUCAGCAUUUUGACAACAGGCACUACAAUCUUCUAAACGUUAGUCACAAUUGCUUGGCGGAUCUAUGUGGCGCAUUGCACUGUGAUCAUGUAGCGAAUUCUGUUGUUCCCAAAACAAAGUGCAACCCUGCAGCUGCAGCAAGAAAUCGCCACUUAUGUGAGAGCCUUGCAGAUAGUUGUUUUCCGGUUCAUCAGGGUCCAUCAGCAAGCCGACUUCAUGAACUAUUUUUGCGCCAAUUUUGUGAUGCCCAUACGUGUUCAGGCAACAUUAAGCCUUUUCUUAGAGGUGGCAGGAAGCAUACCAACAUUUUCUACUUGUCUAUAUCAAUAUUAAUUCUGAUUCUGCUCCCCGUCUUCUAUGUCAUAGUGUUUCUUAUGCAAAGAGAAAUGAGAAAGGGCACACAGGUAUUAAGGCGCAUCUCAAAACCGAGCCUAAAGAAAAAGCCGUCUUAGUUGGUCAAACUCAUGUAUUAUAUUACACCAUUCAAGAUUGGGAACAUUCUGAUACAUUCAUUUCAGUCACUACAUCACAAGUCCUGAUGGAAGAUUUGUACCGGACACCCGAUUGAAGGUUAAUCGUGUGGGACCCACUUUUGGUAGACAUCCCUUUGAUAUAUUGUAUGAGUACUAACUAGGGUGUGACAAAUUGAUUUGGUCAAUGCCAACAGAUCUGAUCUCACUUUUAGCAUUGCAUAACAAUAUAACAUCUAUUCACAACAUUAUCUUGCCACCUUAUAUAGUAGAAAGAAUUGACCUUAACAUUA